AUGGUUUGUCAGAAGAUUAAGAUGAUACAUGUUUUCAUUAUUAUUCUUGUGGUUUCUUGUUUAUGUUUGAUCAUAUCUAAAAUGAGUUCAACAGAAAUCUGCAUCUUUUGCAUAAGAAAAGAAGGCACAAUAGUUUUCAAGAAACAUGGUGGGAACUUUCUUCAGCUUCCAGAUAUAGACUGCAGAAAGAAUCCUCCAUUUUUAGUUGUGAUGGUGACUUCAUCCCACAAUCAGAUUAAAGCACGGAUGGCUAUCCGUGAAACUUGGGGAAGAGAAAGAAGCAUAAAAGGUAAACGUAUAAUAACAUACUUUCUGCUAGGAAUCACAAAUUCAAAGGAUGAUGGUACAGUGACACAAGAAAGCCAGAAAUACAGAGAUAUUAUCCAGAAAGACUUUUUAGAUGUAUAUUUCAAUUUGACUCUUAAAACAAUGAUGGGGAUAGAAUGGAUUCAUCAUUUUUGUCCUCAGUCUGACUUUGUGAUGAAGACUGAUUCUGAUAUGUUUGUAAAUGUCUAUUAUCUAACUGAGCUCCUUCUUAGAAAAAACAGAACAACCAGGUUUUUUACAGGUUUUUUAAAGAAAAAUGAAUUUCCAAUUAGAAAGAUAUUUAAUAAAUGGUAUGUAAGCAAAUAUGAAUACCCAUGGAAAAAAUAUCCACCUUUUUGUUCUGGAACAGGUUAUGUUUUUUCUAGUGAUGUUGCAAGUGAGGUUUAUAAUGUUUCGGAAAAAAUUCCUUUUAUUAAACUGGAGGAUGUUUUCAUGGGACUCUGCCUUGCAGAACUAAAGAUUGGUCUAGAAGAACUGCACUCAGAACAGACGUUUUUCCCAGAUGGCCUUAAGUUUUCUACUUGUCGUUUUAAGAAAAUUGUGACCUGUCAUUUUGUCAAGCCAGAGGAACUGCUGAUAUACUGGAAAGCUUUGGAGAGGUCCUUGGAUGAAAAGUGUCCAGCUGUUUGAAAUGAGAGAACUGACACCAAGACAAAUAUUAAAAAUUCUGUGGUGAUAUUUUUGAAGAAGUACAUUUUUGAAUGGGAUUGUGGAGAAUCAUAGCCUAACAGCAUUAGGGAGGGAAUGGAGCACAGAGUAAUGUUUCUCAGUGUUCCAAACACAAGACUAAAAUUAAAAAAACCCAAAUUGUAAUGCUGGAAUGAUUUAUCCAUUCAAAUUUGGAGCCCCUGCAAAAUGAAAAUAACCAAGUAACAGCUUAUUAGCAUCUAUAAUCAUUCUUCCUACCUCCAACCAUCUAGCAUCCCUUUAUGUUUAUAAUAUAACUGAUUAACAAAGACAUCACCAGUACAGAUGUCCCCAACUCCCUGGUUUCAUUAAGAUCUGGCUAGACAAUUAAGGAAGCCUUUUGUUCUCUGCUUAGUAUUUGUGCUUCAUUGAGAUGAAUCAUAGCAUAUCAAUUUGCUCUAGACAAUAUCCAGUUUUAAAUUGGAGCUGGCACUUAUUUGGACCUUAUUUUCAAAGUCUCAGAUGAUAAAACAUUGAGUAUGUAGAACAUUUUGUUGCACUAGUGAUUCUUAUUAGAGCUUGAGUUUGUUGCUGAUGUAUUAUGCCUUGAAAUUUAAUUCUAAAUGUCAUUUAGCACAGAAGAACCACUAUUGGGAGUACAAGGAUGAAGGUAUGCAUCCCUCUGUAUGUCCAGCUAUUGUAAAUCAAUGGUGAAGCCUCUGAAUGAGAGAAUCAGAAUCUCCAUUGUUUCACUAAUUGCUGGCUAAACACCUCUACCAUAUCAUCUGGCUAAUAAUACCAAUUUUAGUGAAAGUUUUGACUUGUAUUUGAGUCUUUUCAUUUAGAUAUAUUGCAGAGAGUUUUUUCCCUACAAAGAUUAAUAGAAUAAUUAGACAGAAUUUAGUAAAUUGACUAAGAAUGGUUUUUUAUAGCCAUUUGGGAGAUUAAUAUUAUAACACACUAGAAAAUAAAUCAAUCAUGCAAUUCUGAAAAAUUUCUCCUCAGCAUAUCUGCUAUCAUGAGCUCCUGCUGCCUUGGGAAUGCUAAAGCUUCUUUUUUUACAAAGGUUCCCAAAGACUUUUGGAUCUUUUGAAACUUAAAAAGUUCCAGUCCUGGAUAGAGUUAUCAUGGGAUAGCUCUUUAUCUAAGGUAAGGAAGAAACAAACAAAAACAAUAUGUUGUGCUCAUGGCUGCAAGGAAGCUGGGUGGGAGAUAGGGCUCUUGGCUUUUAUGAUGCAGCUCUAGGUAUUAUACAUACUUCAUGGCUGAAAAGAAAGAGGAAAUCAAAGGUCCCAGUAGCUUGAUUUUUAUAUCUUAAAUCAUCAGUUUAGGAGACUAUAAUCAUAUAGUACAAAUUCUGCAUGAUCAGAAGUAUGCCCCACUUCAGUUUCCAUGUGGUGGGUUGGAACUGGAUAGUGACUACUUGCUGUGCAUGCUUCAGGGAAUGGCUUCUUUUGGCCAGUUUACCAAUAUUAUAUUUAGGUAGAAUAAGAUGAGCUACAAUAUUUCUAAAUUUUCACUUUUUAAAAGAACCCAGGGUAUAAAUAUUAAGGUAUAAGCAUAUUCAUUGCAGGAUUCUUAGUGCAUGGAUUAAAUAUUUGCUAAGUUAAUAUUCCUUUAUUGAACAUCCACUAUGUGCCAACCAGGUUCUAAGAGUUUCAGAGACUCAGGUUUUUGGGCUGGUCUAGCCAGGUAGAUAAGAAACUUGUGAACUUUUAGUUUUUGAAUUUUUUCUUUUCAUUUUUUUGAAUAGAGAUUUGAAUGUAUCUUUAAUCUCAGGGAUAUGAUGAAAAUGAGGCAAUAUUUUUGCAAAGGGCUUCAAAUUUUUUGCAAGUAUACCUUAUAUAAUGCAAAUUAGUAGUUUGUUACUAUUUUUAGUUUGUUACUAAUGGUUUGUUACUAUUACUUUAUAAUAAUCAACCAUUGAAGUCUGGUAACAGUAUCUCAGAAAUGUAGAGCACUAAACAGUACUGUUCUUGUGAAUCUUGUCUGAAAUAAAAUGGAAGUCUUUUUUCCUGAACAUAAAAUACUCUUAUACUUGAUGCAAAAUGGUCAUGACAGUUCAGAUGAAGAUUUCAACAAUUCCAAUUUGCGAAGCUAACAUAUUCUUUUGAAUAAACUUUUAAAAACUUUCCUUA